AUGGCGUCGCCAACGCUCGCGCGGCGUCACAUCCAGGAACACGCCGCCGGGGAUGUCACCGAACCGCACUGGGGAUAUGCUGACCGCAUCGUGCCCUGCAAGCUCGAUGCGGAGUCGUGCGAGUACCUUGAUGUCGUCUAUGGCGCCCACGACGUCGGCAUGGCCUGCGUCGGUGCCUUGUGGGCGUCCUUUGUCGCCGUCGCCUUGAUGUGCUUUUUGCGCCGUCGCUUCCGCCGGCCCCACCGCCGCAGGGAGAGCCGAGGCGGCAUCCUCGACAAGCUGCGCGGGCCCGCCGUUGCCUUUUGUCGACGGCACCUCCUCCCCGACGCCAACCACGCCCUCUUCGGGCGGACGACUCGCUUCCAGGUCGUCACCCUCGCCCUUCUCGUCGCGUACCUCGUCGUCCUGAGCUUCGUCGGCAUCCGGUACGCGACGUGGAGGACGCUGGUGAGCGACGUGGCCGGCGUCUACAGCACUCGGACGAGCCUGGGUCCGUGGUCCAACCGGGUCGGCGUCAUCGCCUUCGCCCUCGUGCCCUUGUCCGUCCUCCUGUGCAGUCGCGAGUCCCUCCUGUCCCUCUUGACGGGCGUGCCGUACCAAAAGUUCAACUUCCUGCACCGGUGGGUUGGCUACGUCGUCCUCGUCCAGAGCGGCCUCCACGCCGUCGGCUGGUCCAUCAUCCAGACCCGCCUCUACCAGCCGCAGCCUUCGGUCGGCCGCGAGUGGAUCGUCCAGCCGUGUGCCGCCUGGGGCAUAACGGCCAUGACCCUGUUGACCCUCCUCGCCGUCCUCAGCACGCGCUGGGCCGUUCGGAGGACCGGCUACGAAGCGUUCCGCAAGGCGCACUACCUGCUCGCCGUCGUCUUCAUCGGCGCCUGCUGGGCCCAUUGGAGCAAGCUCGAAUGCUUCCUCGUCCCGUCGCUUCUGCUGUGGGGCAUCGACCGGGGCGCUCGUCUGGUGCGGACGGCGCUGCUGCACUACCACCCCGGAGCGCGCGCUGGGUUUCGCCCGGCGCGCGCCGUCAUCACGCGAUUCCCGGACCUCGACGACGACGGCGACGUCGUCCGCCUCGACCUGGAGAAUCAUCAGGACUGCUGGGCCGUCGGGCAGCACAUGUACCUGUGCUUCCCCGAGUGCAGCAUCUGGCAGUCGCACCCCUUCACGCCCCUCAACGCGCCCGUCGCUCGGGACGGAAGCGUUCGGCACUCGUACGUGCUGCGGGCGCGGUCGGGUGAGACCAAGAAGCUGGCCGAGCUGGCGGCGACAAAGAUGUCUGCCGACCAGGAUUCGCCCUCGUCGACGGCAACGACGUCCGUCAUCUUGACCGGCCCGUACGGAGAAAAUCUGCUCGGCAAGAUUGCGGCAGACACCAACGUCGUCUGCGUCGCGGGCGGCACCGGAAUCACCUACGUGCUGCCGGUGCUUCUCGAGCUCGCCCGUCGAGCGCCCGUGCCUGGCCGCAAGAUGGAGCUCAUUUGGGUCGUGAGACACUUGAGAAAUGCCGACUGGGUGCGCGAGGAGAUGGACGGGCUCCGAGAGGCGCGGCAGGCGCUGAACCUGACGAUACGGCUGUUUGCCACUCGAGACGUCGCAUCGCCAUCAUCAACCUCGUCAUUCGACGGUGACAAGAAAGAGACGACCGAGUAUUGCGGCGACGAAAAGUAUAGCAUCUGCGAGGCCGCAUCCGUCGACGAGCGGCAAUUGUCCGUCGGCGACAUCGGACAGGAUUGGCUCGAGGGCGACCGUGGCAGCAGACAUCCGGACCUGGGCAGGCUCGUGGGCCAGUUUGUGGAAACGACGGUUUCUGGCCGCACCUUGGUGUUUGCGAGCGGGCCAGGCGGCAUGAUUACGGAUCUGCGGAGCGUCGUCGCGGCGCUGAAUUCUCCCCGCAGCGCAUGGAAGAGGCAAGAGAGGUUCGACGUCAACCUCGUCUGCGACGACAGGUUGCUGUCUUGA